AUGGCGCUGGCACCGGCAACCAUCGCAAACUGCAAUGUCACGAUGGGCAACAUGAAGUUCCUGAAAACGCCCAUGGGAACGCUCUUGCUGAUUGAGCUCCUAGUCAUCUUCACCGCGUUCUUGCUCCUCUUCCUCGUCACCUUCGGCUCGUGGCGACGUUGUUGCAACGACUACAAGUUCCGGCUCGCCAUUUUCUCGGCCUACACUCUCUCAACCCCCGUACUCACCUACGCGCUAGGCCUCAUGCACGAUACUCCUUUGCACAACGAAUUAUUCCCCAUCUGGGCAACGUUCCUGAUGAUUGGCUUCGGGAGCGCUGAUUCUAUCUCCGCAUAUAGUCUCGAGGACAACGAGCGGUCAAAGAGCUACAAUUGGCAGUUCGGGCUCCAAAUGAUUUGGUGGUGCUUGUUGAUAGACUUGUACUUCCGUGACAAGUCUAACACGGGGUUCGCGACCGAGUGCCUCUUCAUCAUCUUGUCCCAGACGGUCGAUGACAGGGCUCGGGCCAUGAUGGCAGCGAGCCAGCAAUCUUUGGAGAGGAGUACAAAAGUGAUUGCUGAUCAUAUGAGGACGGAGCACGAAAGUGGAGGCGUUUCAAGUGAAGUCGAUCCGGUUAGCAUGAGAGGGUAUACGUAUUUGGUGAGGGGUGAAGAGGAGAGAUGGGUGAUUGGCAUUGUUCAAGCUAAGCAAUUUAUUAAGUCGUGGAUCGGGAAGGAGGAGGCCACGCCGACACCGGACUACCACAUGAAAUUGGAUCAAGACAAAUUGGUCACUAUUGAAAAGGUGUGGGAGUGUGAAGGGAGGCUCAUAAGCUCACGAGGAGGAGACCCCCACAACAAGCUCAAAGACGUAUGCCUGUCUUUUGCACUCUUCAAGCUCCUUCGUUUGAGAUAUGCUGGCUACUCAUUGCCCCAAGAAGCUUACAAGAAGACAAGGAACUUGAUUCACCAUGGAUUGCUCUCGCAAGAAGACGGUUACAAGCGAGCGUUUCAAGUCAUCGAGGUUGAGCUCACGUUCCUUUUCGAUUUUUUCUACACCAAGUACGGUAUCAUAUUCCAUCCCGGCAGGUUAAAGCUCAAAUUUAUGGAGUUUGUGACUGUCGUUUUGAGCAUAUGGGCUGCGAUUUCACUCUUGAAGCAAAAACCUAAUAAUAUGUGUCAACUGGCCAAGACGCCAAAUGGGUUGAGUGUCGACGUACUCAUGACUAGCGUGACAAUAAUCUUGUUUGUCAUCUUGGAGCUCAUGCAGUUCUUCUUCAUGGGUUUCUCGGAAUGGGCUAAAGUGAUAUGGAUCUGCAAGUAUGUGGAGAAGAAGUCAUGGCAAGAGAAUGUGUGGAUUGAGAGGAUGAUUAGAGCGAUAUGUGGCAUUCGGUUGCUGAAGCCUUGGGAACAAAGGCUUCAUCAGUACUCAUUCCUCGAGUCGUACUUCUAUAAACCUUCCAAGUUAUUGAACAAUGAGUAUAUGGCGGCCUACUUUGAUCAAACUAGGGAUGGCCAGAGACAAAGCAAGCCAAUCAAAUUGCAUGAAGAAGUGAAGCAUGCAGUGUUUCAUGCUCUGAAGUGGAAAUACAGUACUAAAUUGGAGAACGGAGAGGCCUCACUGAGAUUGAACAAAGUGUCCGACAAGCUAUCGUGGGCAUGUCAGCAUGAGACUCAUACUCAGCUUAUAAUUGUGUGGCAUAUUGCCACUAGCUUUUGCGAGCACCAAAAGCCAGUUUCAUCAGACUCGCCAGAGUUGCGCGAGUUGCCCGAGUGGAAAAACUUCAUAGUGGCGACUAGCUUGUCCAAGUAUCUGGCUUAUUUGGUUGUUUUUGCUCCACGGCUAUUGCCUGAUCACCCUUACGUUGUAGAGUAUAUGUUCAAUCAGGCAAUCAUCGAAGCCAGGGACUUCUUUAAAGGAUGCGAGGAAUUGAAGGACCGGGUUAUAAAGAUAGAGUUAGAGAGGCAGGGUAAUGGCAGUUCUGUGAAUGAAAAAACUAUUAUCAAACAGGGUGCUCAGCUCGGGAAUCAGCUAGUGAAUAUUAUAAAAGAUAAGGAAAAGAUUUGGACAAUUCUAGCCGACUUUUGGGUUGAACUAAUGUUGUAUGUGGUGCCUUCAGACAAUGCAAAAGCACAUGCAGAGCAUUUGGCUAGAGGAGGCGAGUUUGUUACUCACUUGUGGGCUUUGCUCUCUCAUGCAGGGAUCGAGAGAGAUCCUCUUACUAAGCCACGUAAUGCACUCAAGAGACACAAUAGUUUUUAA